CCGCCCUCCCCUCGCCCCCUGCUUUUCCCCUCCCCCGCCACCCGACUCCGAGCUCUCUGUCUCUGCUCCUCCCUCUUCCCCACCACCACCCCCCCCCCUGUGCUCUACCUUUUCUCCCUCUCACAGCGGCAGUCAUGAAGCACGCGCAGCUUGUCAUUGGCACGGCCGGCGCCGGGAAGUCGACGUACUGCAGCACCAUCAUGCAGCAUUGCGAGGCCAGCCGCCGGACAGUGCAUGCCAUGAACCUCGAUCCGGCUGCGGAAUACCUUGCCUACACCCCGUCGAUCGAUAUCCGCGACCUGAUCACCCUCGAGGAGGUGAUGGACGACCUGCGGUAUGGCCCGAAUGGUGGCCUGGUUUACUGUCUUGAGUACCUCCUGGACAAUUUCGAGUGGAUGGAGAACGAGCUGGACGAUUACCAGGAUGACUACCUGAUCAUUGACUGCCCCGGGCAAAUUGAGCUGUACACCCACUUCCCGGUCAUGAAGGAUUUCGUCGGCCAUCUGCAGCGCCUCGGUUACCAGGUUGUUGUGGUGUAUCUGAUGGAUGCCCAAUUCACGGAUGAUGCGGCCAAAUUCAUUUCCGGCUCGCUGGCCGCCCUGUCGGCGAUGAUCCAACUGGAGCUUCCCCACAUCAACGUCCUGUCGAAGAUCGACAUCUACUUGCAGCGCCACACGACGCCGGACGGGACGCAGCCCCGGCGCCUGGGCCGGCGCUUGGACCGAUUCCUCAACUUCGACAUCAAUCGCCUGCUGACCGACAAGAACCGUCGUGGGGACAUGGACCGUCCGAUUGCUCGGAGCAAUGUCCAGCAGGGGAAUUUCGCGUCGCUCAACUCGGCUGUCGCUCGCCUGCUGGAGGAGUACAACAUGGUCAGCUUCCUGCCGCUGGACAUCACCGACGAGGACUCCAUUGAGCUGGUUCUCUCGCACGCGGACCACGCCAUCCAGUAUGGCGAGGAUUUGGAGCCGCGUGAGCCGAAGGUGCGUCUCUGUCCAGCCCCGAGACCGCGGGGGCAAGUGAGCUCGAGGAUCGGGCCCCCCUCCCGACGACCGCGGCCGAGUCUAACCCUUCCCUCUGGCAGGCCGACGAGGAGUGACCGUCCUUCACCCGCGCCAACUGACCCAGGCACGCGCCGCCGGCGCCUAGAAUGUGCCAACCUUGCUGUGGGGACACCUCAAUACAAAAGAAAACCAACCACCGAUCCUGAGCCACGCAUGCGGCGCGCACAUAUGUUUGCUUGUUUGCUUGCUCUCCUUUUUUUUUUCUUGCAUGCGCUAAUUCCACUGCUCGGAGCCGGGCCGGGGCCUGGAAAAGGCCCUGCCCCGGGGCACUGCGGUGUGUUGCGCGGCAAGAAAAGACCAGACACUUGACGACUUGAGCGAAGGAGGGAGACCACCCCGAGGGGAACGGGGGGGGGGGGGGGGGGGGGGG